AGAGAGGGAGAGAGAGAGAGAGAGAAUGUGCACCACCAAGCACCACCGCCUGGGCUCCGACCCCGACCACUCCGCCGAAUGCUCCAGAUCCGGCUCCCCCGACCGCUCCUGGAUCGCCGAGUCCAUCCACGGCGGGUCCCUCCGCCGCGUGGACCUCCACACUGGCACCAACGGCUGGGCCUCCCCUCCCGGCGACGUCUUCUCUCUUCGGUCCAAGACCUACUUGCGCAACCGCCACAAGUCCCCCUCCGGCGACUACCUCCUCUCCCCCGCUGGCAUGGACUGGCUCAGAUCCCCCGCCAAGCUGGACAACGUACUUGCCCGCCCCGACAACCGCGUCGCGCAGGCGCUCCGCAAGGCCCAGUCCCGUGGCCGCUCCCUCAAGUCCUUCAUCUUCGCCGUCAACCUCCAGGUCCCCGGCAAGGACCAGCACAGCGCCGUAUUCUACUUCGUCGCCGAGGAACCCAUCCCCGCCGGCUCGCUCCUCUACCGUUUCGUCAACGAGGACGACAGCUUCCGCAACAGCCGGUUCAAGAUCGUGAACCGGAUCGUCAAGGGGCCGUGGAUAGUCAAGAAGGCGGUCGGCAACUACAGCGCGUGCCUGCUGGGCAAGGCGUUGACGUGUAACUACUACCGAGGAGAGAACUACUUCGAGAUCGACGUCGACAUCGCGAGCUCGAAGAUCGCGAACGCGAUCCUGCACCUCGCAUUGGGGUACGUGACGAGCGUGACCAUCGACAUGGGCUUCGUGGUGGAGGCCCAGGCGGAGGACGAGCUGCCGGAGAAGCUGAUCGGCGCCGUCAGAGUGUGCCAGAUGGAAAUGUCGUCGGUGCACGUGGUGGACACUCCCCACACGCAGCCGCAGCCGCAGCCUCACGCGCGCGGGCACGGGUUCGCUAGGGUGAACCACCAUACUUCCGCGGACGAGGACGAGGACGAUGAGGAUUGAUUCAGAGGGCGAAGGAGAAGAUUACUGCAGAGGUGAAAUUCCUUUUCCUUCAAGCCCUCAAUUCACUCUGCUCUCAAUUCAGUCCGCGUUCAAGUUAAUCGUCCUCUGCCGCUGACUUGAUGCUAAAACAAGAAAAUAAGAAGAAAAAACACCUGAUGUGAAAUUGGAUUGACCCUUUUCAAUUGAGGGGGAGCACUGAUAUUUGUAGAUAGUUGAAUCUCAUUUUUAUUGCGAGAAAUAACAUUGGCCAGUUCUGCUUCUGGAAAAGCUCACUUGUUCCUAGCAUCCUUGUUUUUGAUGAUGCAACGCUUUUUGUUUGUUUAUCAAUAAUCUGGAGAAAACGAGGAAGUGUAAGAA